GUCACCGCCUCUUCCCCACGGAAGUAAAAGGAGCACUUCCAGGUUCGGCAAGAACCUGGAGCCGGGGGUGUUAGAUCGGCGCCGUUGGGUCUUGCUCCGAAGCUCCGCCUUCUCUCCGGUUUUUCUAGAAGCCCGGCUUUGCUCUUGGCAGUGUCGUACAGCGUCCGAGGCGCGUGUGCGAAUCUCCCCAUGGCAGAAACGGCCCCGAACGGCCCCCAAGGGGCGGGCGCAGUGCAAUUCAUGAUGACCAAUAAACUGGACACGGCCAUGUGGCUUUCUCGAUUGUUCACAGUUUACUGCUCUGCCUUGUUUGUUCUGCCACUUCUUGGGUUGCACGAGGCUGCAAGCUUUUACCAGCGUGCUUUACUGGCAAAUGCUCUUACUAGUGCUCUGAGACUGCACCAGAGAUUACCACAUUUCCAGUUAAGCAGAGCAUUCCUGGCCCAGGCUUUAUUGGAAGACAGCUGCCACUACCUGUUGUACUCACUCAUCUUUGUCAAUUCCUACCCGGUUACAAUGAGUAUUUUUCCUGUGUUGUUAUUCUCCUUGCUUCAUGCUGCCACAUAUACGAAAAAGGUCCUUGAUGCGAAGGGUUCAAAUAGUUUACCUUUGCUGAGAUCUAUCUUGGAUAAACUAAGUGCUAAUCAACAGAAUAUUCUGAAAUUCAUUGCUUGUAAUGAAAUAUUCUUGAUGCCUGCUACAGUUUUUAUGCUUUUUAGUGGUCAAGGGAGUUUGCUCCAGCCUUUUAUCUACUAUAGAUUUCUUACUCUUCGGUAUUCCUCUCGAAGAAAUCCAUAUUGUCGGACCUUGUUCAAUGAACUGAGGAUUGUUGUUGAACAUGUGAUAAUGAAACCUGCUUGCCCACUGUUUGUGAGAAGACUUUGUCUCCAGAGUAUUGCUUUUAUAAGCAGACUGGCACCAACAGCUUGAAUUUAACAGGCAGUGGCAGCAGUUCAGAUGUGUUUUGAAAGGAAUAUAACUGGAGAUUGAAUAUAUGCCUGUGCCUGGUGUCUGUUCUGAAAUAAUAAUGAAGAUUAUCCUGUAGACUACAUACUUACCCAUGAAAUCUGAUUUAAAAGGUUAGAUGGAGAGGUUUAUAGGUAAGAUAAUUGGUUGGGGAUGGGGCUGGAGAGGACUUGGGGGGGGGGAAACUGUGUAUUUUAAUUUCAUAACGCAUAGGUAAAAUUGGGAGUAUAAUAUGUUAAAUCCUGUUUGUUGAGCUGCCGUCAACUUCUUUAUAAAAUUCAUUCUGAUCUUUAUUACUGUUGCAUGAUUGGGAAUGUUUAAAACACUGCAAAAAUUUUAGUACACAGUAAUGUAAUGGUUUUUGUAACCAGUUUUCUUCUGUCUGCACGUAAUUGGAUUUCUCAGAUAAAUUCAUUAGUAACUUGUCAGUAACAGUUUUCAGUUUAUUCAACUUUCCCAUCUCUGGAAAUGUGAGAUCUACUUGAUAGCUCAACUGUAGCCAACUUUUUUUGUAUUUUUGUAAUAUUUAUCUACUAAGUUAGAAAAGCAGCCUCAUGAAAUACAGUUGAUUGAGUGGGUGGGUGUGUGGCUAGCCUCGUUAUCAUUAUAUAUAUAAUCUGAUGGUUUUAAGAACUAAUUUUCUAGAGCAAUAAAGUGGCUGUAAUGUUAAGUAAACAGUAUAUUAUGAUUUCUAAUGAUGUCUUUAAAAAUUAAGUCUUGAAUUAUAUCAAGAAAUUUUGGCAGCUGAAGGUAUAUUUAUUUUUAAGUUACUAGUUUUUUGUCUACAAUUUUUUUUUAAUCUGGAGAUAAUUUUAGAUUUAUAGAAGAGUUAAAAAAAUAGUACAGAGAGUUCUUGUCUACCUUUCACUCAGCUUCCCCUUAUCCUAAAUCUUACAACAUUUAUCAGAACUAAGAAAUUAGCCUUGGAGCAAUACUAUUAAAGUAUAGAACUCAUCAGAUUUCACUAUUUUUUCCAUUUAUUAAUUUUCUUUUAAUGAGCUGUUUUUACUCUGAUUGUCUUUUACUUUUAAUGACCAAUAAGUAUGCCUUUGAGUUUUUCCUCUUCAGUUUGGAAAUUACUGUUGGUGAAAAAGAUUUAUCUAAAGGAAAUGAUUUCAUGUUGGUCUUAACAAAAAGAAUUUUAACAGUAAAACUUAUAAUUUAGAACAUUCUGUGCUUUAAAAGGUGAGCCUUUUAAUCACAUAACAGGAUUCUAUUUCUGCUAUGCUCAUAUUGGACUGUUCUUUAAAGGAAGGCUUGAUUUUUAAAUAAAAUACUCAACUCAUGAAAAAGUAAAUUUUACAAUUUGAGCAUUACUAGAUGUUUAGUUUGCAUGAGCUUGUAGCUAGGAAUUCUGCAAUAUGAAUAUGUAGAACCAACUGAUUUGGCAUCUGAAAUUACAGCAUAAUAUGUACACCUAUCAAAUUAAAAUUAAGGAAAUAAAGUAGCAGUAUAUGGAAUGAAUGAAGUAGGAGAAACUGUAGCAUAGGUGAACCUAUUUUUACUUCCAGGUUUGAAAAAGUUGCGUUAACAUCCAGGAUAUCUAAUUCUUUAGGAAGUGGUGUGGUGCUGUUGUCCUUCUAGCACUUUUUGAAUUGAACCCUCUUGGACAGGUGGAAGCCUAACACAAAACCUACUUUUGUUAGAACAAGAAUUCUGUGUUCUUUUUGUAUAUUUGAUUCCUCAUGAAUUUAAACUCUGUUUCGUAAUCAGUCCAAAGAGAAAUUUCUUAAAUUGUAGUUUGUAUUUAAAUUUUCUUGCAAUACAAUUCACCAAAGUAGAUGCUCCUGGAAGUAAGUAAUUAAAUUUAGAUAUUUAGAAACUUCCCUUACAGGGAAAAUCAAGGCAUGCUGAUACUAUACCAGAAGUUAGGAAAGACUUAGGAGGUCUAUUUUAUACUCUGAAUUGUAAAGCUAUCUGAAUACUCUUUCUAAAAAUCACGAUGAAAAAUUCUGAGUAGGCUUGUAUGUUUAGUAUAUGAAUAUUAAUCAUUUUGGAAAGGAAAAUGAGUGUAUAUGUAGUAAGAUAAGUGGAACCGGGAGACUUAGGUUUUUUUUUUUGUUUUUUUUUUUCAAUGUUUAUUUAUUUUUGGGACAGAGAGAGACAGAGCAUGAACGGGGGAGGGGCAGAGAGAGAGGGAGACACAGAAUCGGAAACAGGCUCCAGGC